AUGGCUGCCGAGAGUAGCCAGGCCAACAGUGCGGGCCCGGUCUCUUACACGUUCCUGAGAGUUCUGGGCAGUGGAGCCUUUGGCGAGGCCGUCUUGUAUCAGAAAACCGAGGACAACAGUUUAGUGGUCUGGAAGGAGGUCAACCUGGCAAGAGUUAAUGAGAAGCAGCAGCGGGAUUCUCAGAGUGAGAUUGAUAUUCUGUCGCUGCUCAACCAUGCCAACAUCAUCAGCUACUACAACCACUUCAUCGAUGAAAACACACUCUUUAUUGAAAUGGAAUAUGCCAAUGGUGGGACUCUGCAUGAGAAAAUAUCUUCCAGUACAGAACUGUGGCUAGAAAAGGAUGUCCUGUGGUACCUGCACCAGCUGACCUCUGCCCUGGCUUACAUACAUGAUUUUGGAAUUAUACACAGAGAUAUCAAGACAUUGAACAUCUUCCUGACUAAAGCUGGUCUCGUCAAACUUGGUGAUUUUGGAAUCUCCAGAUUUUUAGAAUCUGAAAGUCAAAUGGCUGAAACGCUUGUAGGGACACCUUACUACAUGUCACCAGAGAUCAUGAAAGGUGAAAAGUACAAUUACAAGAGUGAUAUUUGGGCUCUGGGCUGUGUGCUUUAUGAAAUGCUCACUUUGGAGAAAACAUUCCAAGCAACUAACCCGCUUAAGCUGGCCAUGCAGAUUGUAAAGACAGAUCACUCUGAUGUUGCCGUGGGUUACAGUUGUGGAGUGCACUCCCUUGUUGAUCAGAUGCUUAGAAAGAAGCCAGAAGAGCGCCCCACAGCUGAAGAUAUCCUGGCAUCACCUCUGUUGCAACUGAACUCUGUGACCAAGAGGUCAAGAACGUCUGCUGCUUCAACUUCCAGUGUUGUGUCUGUGAUUACUUCUAAAAUGUGUGAGAUGUACCAGUGGGGAGGGGGUAAGCUGACACCCCAGAAACUGGAGAUGUUUACUCGAGAGAAGAGUCCCAUGCAGGUUGCUGUAGGACACAGCCAUUUUGCUGUUAUCUCUCUUGAAAAAGAGCUCUACACAUGGGCGAACCUCCAAGGUGGUGUCUCCAUGGUGGGCCAGCUGGGGCAUGGGGACAAUACAUCCUGCAAGACUCCCAAACUUGUGGAAUCCUUCGUGGGGGUGGCAGUUCAACAAGUAGCUUGUGGGGAAGAUUUUACUCUCUGUGUUUCUGAUAGUGGUGCCCUUUAUGCCUUCGGCUCCAACUACUACGGCUGCUUGGGCUGUGAAGUUGAAGAAGAUGAGGUUCUGUUUCCAGUUCGAAUUGAUUUCUUCCUAGAUCUUCCAGUUCAAGAAAUAGCAUGUGGAGAUGCUCAUGUAGUAGUUCUGACCAGAUCAGGACAUGUUUACACUUGGGGGUCUGGAGAGUUUGGUAAUAAUCUAUUGUUU